AGAUAGUGUUCUUCUAUGCUCCUAUAUAUAGUAUAGAUUAUGAAAAUAGAGACUCUCCACCGUGAAACCAAACCAAAAAGGGCCUUACUCUCUUAUCAGAACCCUAGCUAUCUAUCUCGCGCUCUUGAAUUCUCAUUCACCAAACCGCAGUAAACGAGUCUCCUGCACUGUGGUUUUUCCGGUUCAACCCGUUUCGUGAGAGGAAUACAAAUAAAGUGUUGCCAAAAUGAGCAUUAUGACAAAGAAAGGUGUUUGGAAAAACACCGAGGAUGAAAUCCUGAAAGCUGCUGUUAUGAAAUAUGGUAAAAAUCAGUGGGCUCGUAUCUCGUCCCUACUCGUUUGCAAAUCUGCAAAACAGUGUAAAGCUCGUUGGUAUGAGUGGUUAGAUCCUUCCAUUAAGAAGACUGAGUGGACUCGAGAAGAGGAUGAGAAGCUACUUCAUCUUGCUAAGGUUAUGCCUACUCAGCGGAGAACCAUUAGUGUGGGUCGUACUCCUUCGCAGUGUCUUGAACGGUAUGAGAAACUCCUUGACGCCGCUUGUGUUAAGGACGGUAACUAUGAACCUGGUGAUGACCCUAGGAAAUUGCGUCCAGGGGGGAUUGAUCCGAAUCCUGAAUCAAAGCCUCCGCGACCUGAUCCUGUUGAUAUGGACGAGGAUGAGAAGGAGAUGCUUUCCGAAGCAUGUGCUCGGUUGGCUAACACGAAAGGUAAAAAAGCAAAAAGGAAAGCUAGGGAGAAACAGCUUGAGGAAGCGGGGAGGCUUGCUUCUUUACAGAAAAAGAGAGAAUUGAAGGCUGCUGGGAUUGAUAUAAGGCAGCGGAGGAGGAAAAGGAGAGGGAUUGAUUAUAAUGCAGAAAUUCCGUUUGAGAAGAGGCCUCCUCCGGGUUAUUUUGAUGUUGCUGAUGAGGAUAGGGAGGUGGAGCAGCGUUUCCCUACUACUAUAGAAGAACUUGAGGGGAAAAGAAGGAUUGAUGUUGAGGCUCAGUUGAGAAAGCAAGAUGUUGCAAGGAAUAAAAUCGCAGAGAGGCAAGAUGCCCCGGCGGCUAUUCUGCAUGCCAGGAAGCUGAAUGACCCAGAAACGGUUAGAAAGAGAUCAAAACUGAUGCUUCCACCACCUCAGAUUUCCGAUCAAGAAUUGGAUGAAAUUGCCAAGUUUGGUUAUGCCAGUGACCUUGUGGGCAGCGAUGAACUCACCAAAGGCAGCAGUGCUACUCGUGCUCUUCUCCCUAAUUAUCCACAGACACCCAACCAAGCCAUGACUCCUUUAAGAACUCCUCAGAGAACACCAGCUGGUAAAGGAGAUGCUAUCAUGAUGGAAGCUGAAAAUUUGGCCAGGCUGAGGGAGUCUCAGACAUUACUGUUAGGAGGAGAGAACCCGGAGUUGCAUCCUUCAGAUUUUUCUGGGGUCACUCCUAAGAAAAAGGAAAUUCACAUUCCAAGCCCACUGCUGACUCCCUCUGCAACCCCUGGAAGUGCAGGCCUUACUCCCAGAAGUGGUAUGACGCCGGCAAGGGAUGGUUUUUCUUUUGGCAUGACUCCGAAGGGAACUCCUCUCAGGGAUGAGCUACAUAUCAAUGAAGAUAUGGAGAUGCGUGAUAGUGCUAAACUCGAGCUACGGAGACAAGCUGAUAUGAAAAAAAGUCUGCGCUCUGGUUUAAGCAGCCUUCCACAGCCUAAAAAUGAGUACCAGAUAGUGAUGCAACCAAUACAAGAAGAUGCUGAAGAGCCCGAGGAGAAGAUUGAAGAGGAUAUGUCUGAUAGAAUGGCUAGAGAAAAGGCAGAAGAAGAGGCACGGCAGCAGGCAUUACUUAGAAAACGAUCAAAAGUCCUUCAAAGGGAACUUCCUACGCCUCCUCCAGCAUCUCUGGAGCUUAUUAGGAACUCCUUGAUAAGAGCUGACGGAGACAAAAGUUCAUUUGUACCACCAACCCCUAUUGAGCAAGCCGACGAGAUGAUAAGAAAGGAGCUUCAAGCCUUACUGGAGCAUGACAAUGCUAAGUAUCCGCUUGAGGAGAUAGCAAAUAAGGAGAGAGAGAAAGGAUCCAAAUGAGCAGCAAAUGGGCCUGCUAUCCCUGUCAUAGAAGAUUAUCAGGAGGACGAGAUGAAAUCUGCUGAUCAGUUGAUGAAAGAUGAAACCCAGUAUCUUUGUGAGGCAAUGGGGCAUGGAAAUGAUUCCCUCGAGGAUUUUGUUGAAGCACAUACAACAUGCAUUAAUGAUUUAAUGUACUUUGAUACCCGUAACACAUAUAUCUAUCAAGUGUUGCUGGAAACGCGGAGAAGCUAGCAGCUUUGCAGAAUGAAUUUGAGAAUAUGAGAAGUAAGCUGUAUGAUGGGAAGGAGAAGAUGACUCGACUUGAGAAGAAGGUUACAUUACUCACGCAAGGGUACGAGGCAUGCUACUGCUAACUUGUGUGCAAAAUUCUACAUUUUUGUUUCUUGCCGUGUUUCUUUCAAUUAUUGUUAAUGGCACAUUUUGUAGUUGUCUAGUUCCUUGGAUGCUACUGAGAUUCUAGAGUGUUAAUGUUGUCUAAAUCCCCUUCAAAGUUGGUUUUGUAAUAUAAAAUGCUAUUCACCUAACUUAAAACUGUUGCAAUUGUUGAUUUAUGGAUCUCAACUAAUUAGUAGGGUAGGAGAUCAUGUAGGUCUGUUGGAAUUGCAUUUCAUUAUUGUGGGUGACAUGUAUUUUCUCUGUAAUUUAGAAAUGUAAAGAAAGUAUUGUUUCACUUCA